UUUUAUUGGUUGGAGCUCGAAAUGUAUCGAUCCACGUCAUGUGUAUUUGUGCGCUUUCGAACCGUCGAUUCAGUUCUCAUCUACGGCUCUCGAUUCCCCAAUCGAUCGGCUUGGUGAACUGUUGUUUCCUCGGAUUGCUUAGGUGGAAUGUUUCCACAAAAUCCAAAUUCCCUCCCAGAUUUUCUAUUUUUGCUUUCCCACUUUGCUUUUUUAUAUUUUUAGCAUAUGCGGAGGAAAAUGGGCAGGCCCAACAACUCCGGGUCAGUACUGACUUGUAUAUCCAGUCUGGUGCCCCGAAAUGAAGAUGGCGGGAAGAGACCCUAAUCGAUAGGGGCUAGGGCACCCAUGUUUUUAAGUGUUCUUUUUCUAAUUUGGAGUUUGGUAUCACAGUUCACAACAAUUUCAGUUCACCUUUGCAUUUUUUACAGUUUAAAGCGGAUCGGAAGACAUGGAUUUUAACGAUCCAGAGGAAGAGGAAUUCGGGUUCUCAAGAAAUUAUUUCUUGGCAAAAGAACUGGGUAGUUCUGGAAAAAAAUCUGCACGUAAACUCUCUGAUAUCAACGUCGUCGACGAACAGGAACUCAGAGCAGCUGCAGCUACUAUUGAACCGAAGCAUCAGAAAGACAUUGAAGCUUUAAUAAACAGUUACAAAAGUUUAUACCCAAAAUGGGUUUUUGAGCUAAGAUGUGGUUUUGGCCUUUUAAUGUAUGGGUUUGGAUCAAAAAAGCCAUUGAUUGAAGAUUUUGCUUCAACAGCUUUGACAGAGUAUUCUGUUGUUGUAAUCAAUGGCUACCUUCAAUCAAUUAAUAUAAAGCAGGUUAUAAUAGGCUUAGCUGAGAUUCUAUGGGAACAAUUGAAAUUAAAACGAAGGAUUCCAUCAGGGAACUUGCCUAAGGUUCAACAGCCAUUUAGUUCUCGAUCUAUGGAUGAUCUGUUAGCGUUUUUGGAUGGACCAGAGAUGGAGGAGAAUGAUAGUUUCAUAUGUAUUAUCGUUCACAAUAUUGAUGGGCCUGGGUUAAGAGAUCCUGAAACUCAGCAAUAUCUUGCACAACUUGCUUCUUGUUCUCAUAUUCGUGUUGUUGCCUCUAUUGACCAUGUGAAUGCACCUCUUUUGUGGGACAAGAAGAUGGUUCAUACACAAUUUAACUGGUACUGGUAUCAUGUUCCUACAUUUGCUCCAUACAAGGUUGAAGGUCUCUUUUUUCCUAUGAUUCUUGCACAUGGCAGUAGUAACCAGAGUGCCAAAACAGCUGCAAUAGUUUUACAGAGUUUGACACCUAAUGCUCAGAGUGUCUUCAGGAUUCUUGCAGAACAUCAACUGUCUCAUCCUGAUGAUGAAGGGAUGGCAAUUGAUAAUCUGUACUCCGUCUCUCGAGAACGAUUCCUUGUCAGUAGCCAGGUUACACUGAAUGCUCACCUGACUGAGUUCAAAGAUCAUGAGCUUGUUAAGACCAGAAGGCAUCCCGAUGGCCAGGAUUGCUUGUAUAUUCCUCUUGCAACCGAGGCCCUUCAAAAGUUAUUAUCUGAGAUUGGUUGAUAUAUAUUAGCCUUGCAUGUAAAA